UGUGAUGAUCACGAAAAAACUCCAACUUUUAGGUUUUCAGUUUUACAAGAAUCUGCCUUCUUGGUAUAUAUGGAAUCAUGUUCUGGCUGAAGAUUUUUUUCCAAGGAAUGAAAUUUAUAGCAGAAACGAGUGCUUUCAAGCCGCCGUUUGAAAAACAUUACCAGUCAUCCUAAGUCGGCGUCGAUGCGUCACAUUGCAAGUUCGCGUCUUGUUUGUGUGCAAUGCCUUUCCUAGGUAAAUCAACAUUGCCUACAUGUUCAUGUGGGUUAGUGCCGUAGGCCUAGUGGUGAAUUCUUCGGCAUUUUUAAAAUUGUUUACAAACCGUUGGAAUGAUGGAUUGGAAGGAGAUUCAGGUUCUGUUUUACCUAAGCACAUUGUCACUAAGUGUGGCAGAUGUUACAAUCCAACCUCUGAAUGACCAACGUGUCAACAAGGGAGACACUGUUGUACUAGACUGUGUGUUACAAAACAUCGGCAACCCAAAUGACGUACUCCUCUUCUGGUAUCAUGAUGGGAAGGCAGUAGCGGUCAACACGAGGUUAGCUGUUGAUAAUCCCAACUACCAGCUGGAUACCAGCGUAGCUGGUCACUGGAAGCUGACGAUUCAACAAGCACAGAUUGAGGACCAGGGAACAUGGCAGUGUCGGGUGCAACUACCAAAUGAUGUGUUCCAGGAAAUGGCACUUGUGGUACUUGCGCCACCUGUCAUCAUGUCAGUGACUCCUGACAUGUCUCCAAUGCCAGGUUCCACCGUUACACUGUGGUGUAAUGCCACAGGUAGUCCAGAACCAUCAGUGACUUGGACUCGUCAGAGACCUGCUGGUCACUUGCCGUCUGGUGUAGAGUAUGUGACAGGAAAUCCAUUGGUUCUUAAUGACAUCACUAAUGAUUGGAGGGGGCUGUAUCAAUGUUUUGUAACUAACGGCAUUGGACAAGGAGCUGUCACUGCACCUGUCUUCUUGCAAAUGGAAUAUUUCCCUGUGGUCAAGGCUAAGAGUGGACUAGUUGCUGCCCCAAUUGGAAACUCUGCCCACCUGCGUUGCAUUUGUGAAUCAUUCCCAGCUGUGAGAAGCAUCGACAAUGUCAAGUGGUUCAAAAAUGACCGUCUUGUGGAUGUAAAUGAUGGAUAUCAGAUGAGUGUUGAACUUGAUUUGGAGAUGGAUCCCUACAGAGAGACUUCUGUUGCUACGCUGAUUGUAACUUCAGUCACCACUGAAUCUCUUGGUACAUACACCUGUCGCUUCAAUAACAUACUGGGAUCAGCAGAGGCUAAUAUGAAACUUGAAGAGGGCAAGCAGAUUGACCCAGACACUGGUGCAUCAAGGAGCAUGGCCUCAACUCUCAAGUUUGCCAUGGCAACCAGUAUGGCCACUGUUGCCGUGGCAAAAAUUCUGAUGAAGUAAAGAAGAAACAGGGUUGCCAAGGUAACAGGGUGUGUGGUAAGAAUGAAUAAAGGUACUUUAAAGAGGUAAGCAAUAUUUGUAUACGCAUCAUGCAUUUACACAGUACGAAAUCAUUUGACGUUUUAGAGAAUAAGAUGGAUGAUAUAUGCUGUAUAACAGAGCUGGUUACAUUAGAAAGGGUAUUUUUACCUGGUUGUUAUAGGGUACUGGGCUCUUUUUCAUUUUGGGUGCUUUGGUGUGAAAUCCGAUUCAAAUCAUAAUUCCUAGCAUUUGGAAAAGUGUUGAUCUGUGGGAGAGAGACUUACACAGGUUUCCACAACUCACCAGUCACAUGAGAAUGAACGAUAGCCACAAGCAUGGUUCCUGCCCCCUCUCCCCCCAUGACGUCAUGUGACAAAACAUCGGGUAGACAUCAUUCACGUGUAAUGUCAGAAUGUUGGGAGGACUUUCGCUGUCCACAUGAUGUCUUCCUGUGUUGUACAGUAUGUAGGUGUUACUGUUCAAUUUUGUGUAACCUAAUGUGCGGUUCAUACUGCAGAUAAAUGUGAAUGGGAAGCAAAGUGGACAUCAUGAAAAACUUGCAAAUAAAUUUAACUUGAGUUGAAAUGUGUUCAACUUUUACGCAUUCAUAACGUAAUAUUUUACAGUCAGAUGGAAUUUCAGGCUCUUCAUGGUGAAAGACAGCAACAGGUGGAAAGGCUUGCGAUAGCACCAUGCAAAGGAAAAUAUCUCUUAUGAGUAUGUGUGGCUUUGAAGAGAACCAGGAGUAUACUCAACAUUUUGGACUGCGUGCUCAGUCCAUCAUCAAGUUACAAAUUUGCAUUCCCAUUCACUUUUGGGCUAAGUAUGCACCAGCCUUGGUACUUGUAUCAGUGGGAUCUGCGCUAAGUAUGCGCCAGCCUUGGUACUUGUAUCAGUGGGAUCUGCGCUAAGUAUGCGCCAGCCUUGGUACUUGUAUCAGUGGGAUCUGCGCUAAGUAUGCGCCAGCCUUGGUACUUGUAUCAGUGGGAUCUGCGCUAAGUAUGCGCCAGCCUUGGUACUUGUAUCAGUGGGAUCUGCGCUAAGUAUGCGCCAGCCUUGGUACUUGUAUCAGUGGGAUCUGCGCUAAGUAUGCGCCAGCCUUGGUACUUGUAUCAGUGGGAUCUGCGCUAAGUAUGCGCCAGCCUUGGUACUUGUAUCAGUGGGAUCUGCGCUAAGUAUGCGCCAGCCUUGGUACUUGUAUCAGUGGGAUCUGCGCUAAGUAUGCGCCAGCCUUGGUACUUGUAUCAGUGGGAUCUGUAACAUUUCUCCAUUCCAAUUAGUUGCAUUAAAUAUUGUAAAAUUCCAGAGAUUGAGAAUUGACCAUCAGCUACAAUGUACAAAGAACUUCAAGUGCGUGACCAAAGCUUGUAACAUUUUCCUCUUGGGCUUUUGAUACAUUUGAAGAGUUU